UUUCCAUCGGACCGGGUUUGUUCCUGUUUUCACUGCAUCAUCAUGUCAUCUCGGUGUUUAUAAACAGCGUCUGGGCCACGAAGAGACUGGUGCGCGCGAGACGUAGGAAAUGAUACAGUUGAAUAUUAUUUUUAUCGCAGAAUUUCCGUAGAGAAAAGGAAGGUGCUCGGAUUUGUAGCGAAGCGGACUUUCGAGGCGAGUUAAAAGAAUGGGCGCGAGGCGCCCCUUGCUACAUUGUAACGUGUCACUUUGGGCCGCAGCUCGUGCCGUGUCGCUUUUCUGCGCGCGCCCAUCACUUGAGUAAUAUAAGUGGAUCGAGUAUUAUAAGACAUGGAUUCCAGGUCCCACAGGCUGCCCUUCGUGCCGUCCAGCAGCUCACCUCUGUCCUCCUCUGCUUCUGCGUCCCUGAGCGCCGGUCGGCUGUGCAACAGGAGCCGUGGGACGGCCGGCGACAGCUUCUCCAGGGGAACCUCUUCCAAGCUGGACUCGGAUCUCCAGUGCCCAAGGUUCUUCUCCUCUGGAAACUACGGUAUCUCCGAGGGGCACCGCUCAAGCUGGAGGCUCAGCUCCCCCCUGACCGCCUCCUCCGGGUCACGUGAUCGCCUGUGGGCCGACACCUCGCUGGGAAGCAGAAGCAAACCGGGGGGUUCGGAGCGGCUGGGGGCGUAUUCGGGACUGCUGGGUUCAACGCAGGACGAUCUCAAAAGACCCAAGCUGUCCUACAACCGGGCGACCUACUCGAGAGACCCGUCUUCACCCGUCGUGUCCUCUGUGCUGAGCGGCACCUACACCUCUGAACCGUCAUGGAAGUCGCACAGCGCCCGCUCCAGGUCCUCGUCUUCAUCCCCCUCGCAGGGUCUGUGGCCCCGGAGGGAGUCGGACUCUCGGGCCGAGUCGGGCCUCUCCGGCGCGGCGGACCUCGGGCCCAGGGCGGCGGGAUUGUCGUCCUCACUGUAUCCAGACCGCAUGGCAUCCUCCUAUGCUCAAGGCGCCAGGCCAAAGGAGAGUCUCUACUCAUCCGCGCGGGCCGGCGCUCCCACCCGGGAUCGCCAGCAGGGCAGAUAUGAACCACCCUCCGCUUCCAGCAAUGGUACGAGGCCCUCCACCCCCUGGGCUGGUUCGUCCCGCUCCCGCUCCUGGUACACCUCGCCCCCAGAGAGGACCCCUCCUGCCAGCCACAGGCGGCCUGUCGAAGGAGGAGACCCUGAGAGCCGGUGCACCACCAGGCAGCUGCUCUCGCGCCUGGCCAGCAGCAUGUCCUCCACGCUCUUUUCCAGGAGGUCCAGCCAGGACUCCAACAGCUCCAGAUCCUUCGAGUCCUCGGAAGAGACGAGCGACACCCACCGGGCGCAAAGCCCCCUUGCCAGCUCUGGCGGCAGCAGCAGGAACGGCAGCCCCGACGUGUCGAGCGGUCGGGGGUCUGAGCUCCCCCAAGGUCUGGCCUUCCUCCGCCGCAGGCGCCAAGGCACCUCCUCGGCACGGGAGGAGCGUUGCGGUGAGGUUGACCCGGAACCCUCGAGGGCUGGCACUUCCUGGCUGUCGUCGUCCCUGAGGAGCCGUUGCACCCCGCUGUUCUCAUGCAGGAGGAGGGAUGGCCAGGAGGAGGCGGUGCGGCCCCCACACCGCAGCACUCCCUUCCCUCUCCGACGGAUGUCCUCUUCCGAGACGAAAGACAGCGACGAUGAAGGGGGAAAUGAUGAUGAUGAUGAUGAAGACAACGAAGAAGAGUCGGAAGCGGUAGGAGCUGUAGGUCCUUCAGAAGCCACCGCAGAGGCCUCCCGCACAGCAAGAACCCGGAGGCUGACCGGGGUCACGCCCAACUCGCUCUUUCACCUCACUGUCGCACCCUCGUUGGAGAGCUCGCUGCCCGACAACGUGAUGAUCACAGUGGACAUCGUGCCUACUGGACGGAAUUUGCUGGAGAAGAAACCGGCAUCCCCACAGGAUCCAGAGAAGCUGAAGAAAAUCAAGGAAAGCCUUCUGCUGGAGGAAUCCGACGAGGAGGGCGAUCUUUGCCGCAUUUGCCAGAUGGGAGAGGAUUCAGCAUCCAAUCCGUUGAUCGAGCCGUGCAGGUGUACCGGCAGUCUGCGAUACGUGCACCAGGAAUGCAUGAAGAAGUGGCUGCACUCAAAGAUCAGCUCUGGUUCUGAUCUGGACGCCAUUGCCACCUGUGAGCUGUGCAAGGAGAAGCUCCAUCUGAACAUCGAGAACUUUGACAUCAAUGAGCUGUACAGGACUCACGAAAGGUCGGAAAGCGAAUUCAUCAGCUGUGGCCUGUACCUGGUGGUCCUGCUACACCUGUGCGAACAGCGGUUCUCCGACGUGCUGGGCGCGGCCAACGAUGCUGGGUUUUUCAACCUGGCAAGGACCCUUCAUGAGUACAUGGACGAUCUUGAAAGCUCCAACGGGGACUCCGAGGACGAUGAAGUGCGGGACCACAGGCCUUCGAUCGACUUCGGUGACCUGGAGGACGACGACGAGGAGAACGUGGACUGAGGAGGGUGGGGACGGUGUGCCGAUCGGUCACCUUCCGCUCCCUUUUCUUUUGUUGCCAUGUGAGUUGUGCAAAUCAGUGCGAUGAGGAGUCGCCUUUGUAAUCCUCUCCUCGUGUUACCCGGUGUAUUUUUGGUGCCUGGUUGGAGUGUUACCAUUAGAAAGUGCUAAGUUUUACUGGGAGUGUUUAGCUGGUCCUCCAGGAGGGAGGGCGGCACAGGGGCCCUGAUGCGUUGGGGUGGUUGUCAUACGCUUCGCACCCAUCCCUCUCCCUUUCUCUCUCUACGACUUUAUUUACUAAUAAGUUUAGGAAGGUACGCUGUUCUCCUUACUCGUCCUAACCUUUUGCAGUGAGUUUUUCCUUCCCUGCUUUACCGUCAGUGAUAUGGGUGUGUGGCAGCGACCAGGAGGUGGAAUGGAAGAACGUGGCCGUUAUUCUCCACUCAAUUAGUGACUGACUGGUAUUUGUUCCGUCAGGCUUUUCUUUGAGGGUUUUUUUUGGUUGAAGUUUAAAAAUAUAAUUUCCUGGUCAUGUUGUUCAUGUUUUAACUAUUAAAAGAUUUUGAUGUA